AUGCGCAGCCUACAGUUUAUUACAGGCAUAAUAUCCCUUGCCCUGUCGUCCCACGUCUCCUCUAGUCCAAUUUAUCAUGUUCGACGAGAUGAGCUUCUCAAUCGGGGCUUAUACUCUUCCUCUGCUCAAGAUGCAGCCGUCGUGACGCUCACUGUCACUCCCACAGUCGCUGGCUCGACUGUUCCUGUGACAAUGUGUGUCGAGCUACAGGGGACGUGUGAUUCCGGAUUCCACGUCCACUACCAUCCCAACUACUUCGUUAUCCUCGCCGCCAAAAAAUGGGACUGGGAAUGUUCCUGCAAUUGGAAUUGGAACUGGAAAUCCUCCACUUUCUCUUCUAUACUCAUCAUCUUGGUACAAUUAUCCUACUCCAACUUCCAGCUCAAGUUCAAGCAGCAAUCACGCUUCGGCUUCAACUCCUACUACGCUACCUUCUACGUCCUUGGUCUCCAGCUCGACAACGUCAGGCCUUGCCUCAAGCAUCAUCUCAAGCCAUUCCACAUCUACCGCUAG